UUGUCAUUCGCUUGGCAAAUGGUGGAAAAUGGAUGAAGUGUUUUUCUCGUUGUUAUUGCAUUUAUUUGCUCAGUAGCUGCUCGAUAGACAACGAUUUCAGUGCAUUUUAUUAGUAUUCAUUAGUAGCCUCCGCUUUAAUACUACCAAAUAUGUAUAUUCAUUUAUAAAACCGAAGAUUUAUAAGUGGGAGUGUUAUGGAAAACAAGAAUCAUGAAAUAUGUUUGUGUAAUUAUCGUUUUGUGCGUCUCGACCAGUGAAAGUCAGUCCGUAAUUCCAGGCAAACUCGAUUCACUUUCAUUAACCAAAGCAAACACGACUGAACAGAAGGUAUGGAACAUAAAGCUCGAUAUAAACUUCUCGAAGAGUCUCCCUUCUAUUGUGAGUCGGCCGACCGGGUCUGAUGUGAGGCUGAAAUGUGAGGCCUUCAUGAACUUCACGAGAGUGGAGAAGUACACUAAGAGCAAAGAGAAGAUCGAGACCUCAUUGAAGGAGGUUCCCCCGGAGCACAUUCUGCAGACCCUCAUGAGCAAUGUAAAGGUGUACUGGCUGAGAGAUGACAAGCAACUAGAGGACUCUAAAGCCAAGAUCUCCACCAAAAUCGACAAGUCUAAUGGCACAAUAGCAACAACAUUGAGAAUAAGGAAGCUGUCCAGUGAUGAUGAAGGCUCAUACAGCUGUGUCAUUAAACAGAAUCAUGAGAAGAAACUGACCACUAAACUUGAAGUUAAUGAUGAUGAGGACAGUCAGAACUAUGAGAUCCCCACAUAUGCAUCACUGUUCCCUGACUCACCUGACAUUUUAGAAGCUAGUAAGACAACACAACUGGCUUCAGACCUGGUGAGUAAGGUGGAAUCCAGGAGUACAGUGGCUCCUGCAGUGAUAGAGCCCAUCUGCCAGCAGUACUCCGGCAGGAUCUGCAAGGAACACCUCAGUGGGCACUUUGUGUACAUUCCAUUCAACGCCACUCAAGCUAAUUUAGAGGAGAAGUUGAUCAAAGCUGUGCAAGUAACAAGGUACUCCAAUGAUAUUAGCUCUCAGUGUGAGGGCUAUGCCCUGCCCAGUCUCUGCUACUCCACAUUCCCAAUAUGCAGGAACCCAUUAGAAACCAACAAAAGAUUUUUUGAAGAAUUAAAGGAAGUUCUCGCUCAGAUCAGCGAUGAAAAUAGAGAUAGUGAUGAUGCCCCAAAAAUUGUAUUUGAAAACAUUCCUGUAAGUGGACUCCCAGUUACUAUCAAUACUCAUGUAAGAAAGAAUGCAACGGAAGUGUUCAACUAUCGGCACAAUUCCACUAUUCUGCGACGUGUGUGCAAGCAAGAGUGUGAGAUAUUGGAGAAUGAGUUGUGCCAGACUGAGUAUGCCAUAGCCAAGAGACAUCCACACAUUGGCCAACAAAUCACACUUGAAGAAUGUCACGAUUUACCAGAAGAUGACCCUGAAUGUCUGAAGAUUGGUGUUGGUGAAAUAAUGGUAUCUGAUGACAAGUGCUACUGGGAGACUGGGGUCAGCUACUUUGGUAAAGUUAAUUUAACUGAUGAUGGCUCCACCUGCAUAGAAUGGUUCAAGCAGCUUCAUGUGAAAGUAUCUGAGCACCGGGAGCUGACGGGGCGACACAACUACUGCCGUAACCCAGGCGGCCUCGAGCUGCAGCCCUGGUGCGUGGUGGAACGGGACGGGAAGAACCAUGUCCAGUUCUGUGACAUACCCAAGUGCGCUCACAAAAUCUGGAUUUACAUCGUCAUAGUGUUCCUCCUGCUCACACUCACUGUCAUUGGCUUCAUCAUUUGUUUGUGUUUCAAAAACAAAAGCAGCAAGAAUAGUCCAGCGGCUAUCAGGGACAUCAACUUGCCCACCGACAAAAACAUUUAUGGCAACUCCAGACUGAACUCUCCCAUUGAAAUGAACGAGUUGCUGGCAACACAGAACCACAACAACGCGCCGCAUCUACACGCGCGCCCCGUCAGAGGGAACGGGGCCCUCAGAGUCCCUCAGUACUCAUUGUCCCAGAUCAAAUUUCUGGAAGAACUAGGCGAAGGAGCGUUUGGUAAAGUCUACAAAGGAGCAUUAAAAAUGAACGGAGAGACCCAGUACGUGGCAGUGAAAGCUUUGAAAGAAAACGCGUCUGCAAAGACGCAAUCAGACUUUAGGAGAGAGAUAGACUUGAUAUCGGAGUUGCGGCACGACAACAUCGUGUGCAUCGUGGGGGUGGCUCUCCGUGAAGAGCCGCUGUGUAUGCUAUUCGAGUUCAUGGCUCGCGGGGACCUGCACGAGUUCCUUAUGGGGCGCGCGCCGCCCGCCGGCAAGGGGUUGCCCGCGCUGCGCCUGUUGAACAUCUCGUACAACAUCGCCGCUGGCAUGCACUACCUCGCUUCCCACCACUAUGUGCACAGAGACUUGGCCGCCAGGAACUGUUUAGUGUCAGAUGAUUUUGUUGUGAAAAUAUCUGAUUUCGGACUCUCCAGGGAUAUUUACAGCUCGGAUUACUAUCGAGUGCAAUCUAAAAGUCUGCUGCCAGUGCGCUGGAUGCCUCCAGAGUCUAUUCUCUACGGCAAGUUCACUACAGAGAGUGAUAUCUGGUCCUACGGCGUCGUGCUGUGGGAAAUAUACAGUUACGGAUUGCAGCCGUAUUAUGGCUACAGCAACCAGGAGGUGAUAUCGAUGGUGCGCGGCGGCGAGCUGCUGGCGCCGCCGGCCGCGUGCCCGCGCGCCGUGUACGCGCUCAUGCGCGAGUGCUGGGGACACGCGCCGCCGAGAAGACCCAAGUUCGACGAGAUUGUUGCGCGCCUCCAAUCCUGGAUCGAAGCGGGCGGCUGUCCGGAGCCCGCACCCUCUGAAUCCGGCAGCAGCUGCGGCCACCGCGCCUCAACCAGAGACCUGCAGGAGCGGGUCCCCCUCCUCCCCCCACACUUCUCCUCCAACGGCUCCCUAACCUCAGGAAGCCUCAGGAAACUCAGCGUCGCCGGCAGCUCAAAGGCAGACGACAACAGGUCGGUAUGCAGCGAAGCACCCCCCAUAGCCCCGAAGAAGAAAGGAAGCUCCGGGUCGCUAAUAGACACGGAUAAGGCUAGAGAUACGGUGGUCAGGUUGCAGAGUACGCAGUUCGGUAAUGAUAUUUAGGUUAGGGUUGGAUGAGGCUGCGUUGUGAAAGGUGAGCGUGAUUGUUUGAUAGGUUAUUUACUAACGCACAGAAACUAAAAUGUAAGAAGAGACAGUUGAGCUGCUCUUCAAUCUUGAUAAUUGUGAAAACGCUACCAGUUACAAAGUGGUCUUAUUUCAAUACAAUGUCGGAGUUAUCAAUAAACCGUGUGUAACGUUUCUGAACUCUAGAAAGCUAGAAAUUAACUUAAACUUUUCGAAUAUGCGGAGCUAUCCGGCUGACGUUAUAACGGGUUUUUUGAUACCAUAGUCUAGAUUAAAUGUUCGUGGUUACUAGUGUAAUCACGUUACUUGACCUAAAUGGCGUCUGCAUUUAUAAACGAAUAAUAAGACAGGAUUCAAAGCGCGUCGUUGCCGCAUUGGACCAAUAGCGGCCGAGCGGCAUAGCGCGCACCAAUGGCGUCGCGCGAUUUUGACAUAUUCCCCAUUCCAAGCGCAUUGGUCAAGUCACGUGGUUCCUAGUACAAGCCCUAUUGUCUCAUUUGUUCCGGACAAACGUUGUGAUGUGAAUCUCGAUAGGUAAAUAUUAAGUACAAUUCUUAAGGUAUAGAAUGUUUGUUGACUUGGCUAUAUUACGCCGGUUUCACAUGCUAGAACCGAUCAAUCGAUAGGAAGUAAGCGUUGAUUAGGAUUUUUUAUGAAUGAUAGAGUGAAAAGUGAAUCAUUUGGUGUGUCACUGAUAAAUGUCUAUCGCUGAUAAGUGAUAACAGCGGGGCUAUUCUUGCUAGAAGAAAUACCAAACUCCGAAAAACUGUCAUGCCACCGGUAUCUUUAAUACCUCGCAA